UAACUCUGCUCUCCCUAACAAAAAGCGGGUCCUUUACCUGUUCCGUUUCGCUUCUCUCUUAGGGUUUUAAUCCGGAGCCGUUGAACGAGGAGGAGGAGGAUCUAAUGGCGGCGGCGCAAGGGAUAGACCCGGCGCUGCUAGACGAUAUAAUCAGACGGCUGACGGAAGUCCGGUCAGCCAGGCCAGGGAAACAAGUGCAGUUAUCUGAAUCUGAGAUCAAACAGCUUUGUGUUGCUUCGAAAGACAUAUUCUCUCAACAGCCCAAUUUGCUUGAACUCGAAGCACCCAUCAAAAUUUGUGGUGACAUACAUGGGCAAUAUAGUGAUUUAUUAAGGCUGUUUGAGUACGGUGGCUUUCCACCUCAUGCCAAUUACCUAUUUCUAGGCGACUAUGUGGAUCGUGGCAAGCAGAGUUUGGAAACUAUAUGUCUUUUACUUGCUUAUAAGAUUAAGUAUCCGGAGAACUUUUUUCUUUUGCGAGGAAACCAUGAAUGUGCAUCUAUUAAUCGGAUAUAUGGAUUUUAUGAUGAAUGCAAACGACGGUUUAAUGUGAGACUUUGGAAAAGCUUUACUGAUUGUUUUAACUGCCUUCCCGUGGCUGCUCUUAUAGACGACAAAAUAUUGUGUAUGCAUGGCGGUCUUUCCCCUGACUUGACAAACCUGGAUCAAAUUCGAAACUUAUCUCGUCCAACUGCAAUUCCCGACACCGGUUUGCUGUGUGAUUUGCUCUGGUCUGACCCUGAUCGAGAUGUUAAAGGAUGGGGAAUGAAUGACAGAGGAGUUUCAUACACGUUUGGUCCGGACAAGGUGUCUGAAUUCUUGGCGAAGCAGGAUUUAGAUCUUGUUUGCCGCGCUCAUCAGGUUGUGGAGGAUGGUUAUGAAUUCUUUGCUGAUAGGCAACUUGUUACAAUAUUUUCAGCACCCAACUAUUGCGGCGAAUUUGAUAAUGCUGGCGCAAUGAUGAGUGCCGAUGAAAAUCUGAUGUGUUCUUUCCAGAUUCUCAAGCCAGCAGAGAAAAAAGCGAAGUUCAUGUCCACUAAAAUGUAACGGUUGCAGCUAUCAACAUAUAAUGUCUUGCAAGUCUU